AAUCUGUGGACCAAACGUCGACUAAUCAUAUUAUAGGUAUAAAGCUGUCAUUGCCAAAUUUGUCUUUUCGGUUUUGACAUCACAUCGACGAGGUUGUUUUAACCAAAAAUGUCAAAGGUAUCGCGUGAUACGCUCUAUGAGUGCGUCAAUGCUGUACUCCAAUCCUCAAAGGAUAAGAAGCGUAACUUCUUGGAGACCGUGGAACUCCAGAUCGGUUUGAAGAACUAUGACCCCCAGAAGGACAAGCGUUUCUCCGGCACCGUCAAGCUAAAGUACAUUCCCAGGCCUAAGAUGCAAGUGUGCGUCUUGGGUGACCAACAGCACUGUGACGAGGCCAAAACCCUCAGCGUACCAUGCAUGGACGCAGAGGCCCUUAAGAAGUUGAACAAGAACAAGAAGCUUGUUAAGAAACUAGCUAAGAAAUAUGAUGCCUUCCUUGCAUCUGAAUCGCUCAUCAAACAGAUCCCACGUCUGUUGGGUCCUGGUCUGAACAAGGCUGGCAAGUUCCCUGGUCUUCUUUCCCACCAGGAAUCCAUGACACAGAAAAUUGAUGAGGUCAAAGCCACCAUCAAGUUCCAGAUGAAGAAGGUACUCUGUCUCUCUGUGGCUGUCGGCCAUGUUGACAUGACACCUGAUGAACUCGCCCAGAAUGUACAUCUUUCAAUCAAUUUCCUCGUGUCUUUGUUGAAGAAGCACUGGCAGAAUGUUAGGUCACUCCAUAUGAAGUCCACCAUGGGCCCACCACAGAGAUUGUACUAAAUCUUAACAAUAAAAUUUGACUACUGAUA